GAUAACACGCUCUCUGACAGGAACCUAGACAAAUAAACUAUAAGGCCUCUGGAAAAGACUGUUUAAGUCGGAGAAGGCACCGAAAAAGAAUUUGACGUGAACUUUUGUAUCCCUGGGUUUGAUAGUUGUGUGAAAUGGACAUCCUUGAGACUGAUGCGUAUGACAGGAGACAGCGCAGACAUUCGUCUUGUGUUCUCUUUCUCUUUCUAUUACCCUUCUUUAUGUGCAUUUCUAUCUAUUUCCAUCUGUGGAUUCCCCUGUCUGCACCCUCUCUCUUUGCUGCAGUGGUGAAGUCCAGCCCUGUGCUCUCAUUGGCUGCCCUGGUGCUGGUUUACAACGCAGGGAAGACCUUCUGGGGCGUAGCAGCAGGUCUCAUAUUCUCAGCAUGUGGAGACUGUUGCCUGAUAUGGCCUGAACUGUUUCUUCACGGGAUGGCUGCCUUUGGUGUGGCACACCUGCUGUACUCACUCUCCUUCCUCUCCGAUCGCUACACUUCUUUGUCCGCCUCCACCGCUGCACUGUUUAUGUCCAUCAUUCUGUGGCUGGCGGGGACAGGUGUCUACUUCUACCUCCUGCCCUUCUUGCAGAAGAGACCGGACUCUACAGUUCUCAUUCCAUCUACAGGGGUCUAUGUAGUUUUGAUAAUAGCCAUGGCAACCUUGGCGAUGCACACCAAGCGACCUUUGACCAUCCUGGGCGGUCUGUCCUUCGUGAUCUCCGACUUGGCUCUUUCUCUGCAAGUUUUCGAGGCGAUUGAUCCGCUGGAGAAUGGAAGGGCCAUUGUCAUGACAACCUACUACCUGGCACAACUGCUGAUUGCCUUGGGUGACAUCAAGGCAGGAAGUGAUUGGGAGGGGGACAGACUUGGCAAAAUGAAGAGGAUGUGAUCACCACCAUUCAUAAUGAAUUGAGGAUGACUCUGAAUGGAGCCACGGGCAACACACUGGCAGAAACAUCCCCAGUAUUAUAUCCACCUUUCCCAUACAUCACUAGAAGCUUGCCCAAGAAGCCAAAGACCACAUUAGGAAAAUUCAACAGCAAGAUUUAGCCACACUGAGGCUGAUUUCAGAGAACUCAUGCACUCGUGUUAAACAUGAAAACUCUUUGAAUGGAUUAAAGAACAACGAUACCCAUUAUUAUUUACACCUGUUGGCAAGAAAAUGCUGUAAGGCUGACUGAUGUGCCUUUAUAAAAAAGUGACUUGUCAUGUUUCUCAUUUUCAGUACAAAUAUAAAAACAUUAUGUUAAUGCAUAACUUUUAAUAUAAAUAUUUGUUAAAUUAUGUACAUGCUGCAUUUAGCAUUUUCAAUAUGUGGGUUUUGUGACAUUUUAUGAUCCUGGACACUGAUUUAUACAGUUCCCCACAGAAAAUAUCAAAUCUCAAAACUAUGAGUCUUUAGACUGUUCUGAGCCAAAAACGUUGGUAAAUGUACAUUCAUUAUAAAAUUGCAAUCUGCAAAUGGCAUAUCAUAAACAAGUUUCAUGAAGUGGUUCAGUAAUCAAUCACAGCGUCAAAUACAACUAAUUACUGAAUCUGGGAUUUUGACUAUUGUCAACAUAUUACACCCACAAAAAGAUAGCUGAGUUUCGGGGG